AUGGCGUCGAUCGCUUCUGUCGUUUCAGGUGAACUGAGCGCUUUGCUCUUGGUGUCGCUUCUUUGGGGAGGAACCAACCCGUUUUUGAAAAGGGGGACGGAGGGUUUGGAGCGAGUGAAGGAAGAGAGAUGCACCCUGCAGCUGGUGGCAGAAAUGAAAUUCCUUUGCCUCAAUUACAAGUACGUGGUGCCUUUUGUUCUCAACCAGUGUGGCUCGCUGGUCUACUAUCUUACUUUAGCAUCCGCAGACCUUACGUUGGCUGUGCCCCUUUGCAACUCUUUGGCUCUUAUCUUCACUCUGGCGACAGGGAAGCUUCUUGGAGAAGACAUUGGAGGUGCAAGGGCUGCACUGGGAAUGCUGCUGACCAUCUUAGGAAUUGCUCUCUGCAUUGCUGGGUCUGGACAUGAGAAACCAUAAGAGGCAACUCAGAAGAGAAUAGGAAUGUGUGUGUGAGAGAGAGACAGGGGCAUCCAUGGCCUCUAUUCAUUUUGCUCCACAGUACAUUGUGGAAGGGCUUCUUGGACUCAAAAAUGGCUUGAAUCUUUCAGGACUGACGAAUGGUAUUGGGUGUCUCAGCCCAGCAGCUCUUUGAGCCUUUGUUCACUCAUUUCGCAGAGUGACCAAAAUGUACACUGUAACUUUUCUGAUCAGCAGCAGAAAUUCAGUGAGCUUUCUCAGGGUGCCUUUACAGAAAUGUGAGCUCAGGCAUGCUUAAAACUAGUGCCAGAGCAGCUCAAAAUCCGCAUCUUGCUGCAAGAGCGAUUGCUGGUGUGUACAUAUUCUCAUCCAGGGGUAGGCAAUGUGCGGCCCACAAGCCACAUCUUCCCCUCAGGGAUAUUGCUUUGGCCCCCAGGUAUCAAAAAUAUAUUUUUAAAUAAAAGCUUUUUUAUACAAAA